AUGGAAGAGGUACAGAAGGUCUUCAACAAGUUCGAUGAGAACAGUGACGGACUCAUCUCCAGUGAUGAGCUCAAUAACGUUCUCCGUAAGAUGGGGCGGGAGAUGAAGCCAGAGGAGUUCGACAAGGACUGGGACGGCCACAUCGACCUGGAGGAGUUCACAAAAAUCAUGAAUGGAUCGGGGUCGAGCAAGGAUCUCCUUGACGCCUUCAAUGUGUACGAUCUUGACAAGGAUGGCCUGAUCUCGGUGAGCGAACUUCAUGAGGUGCUCAACCGCUUAGGGGAGAAGUGCUCCGUUGGGGAAUGUGCCACCAUGAUCACCAAAUUUGACGUCAAUGGUGAUGGCUUCAUCAACUUUGAAGAGUUCAAGCAGAUGAUGAACCGCUCUUGA